AUGGCCGCCCUGGGCGCGAGGGCCGCUGGGCUCGCGAGCCUGGUUCUUUUUGCCGCCGCCGGCUGCCCGAAGGGCUCGGCCGAGGGGCCCGACGGGUGCGAGGUCUGCAAGCUGGGCGAGUUCAGCGCGGCGGGCGGCGAGGCGUGCGAGCAGUGCCCUCCCGGCAAGUUCAGCGGAGUUCAAGGCGCGAGCGCCUGCACGAGCUGCCCGCCGGGCACCUACUCGGAUCAGGAGGGCAGCAUCGUGGUGGACCAGUGCAAGAACUGCAGCGCCGGGCGCUACAGCUCCACCCCUGGCCUCGCCGACGCCAGCGGCUGCCAAGCGUGCCCGCCGGGCAAGUGGGGCUCGGACCCGGGCGCGACCUCCGAGGAGGCGGCCUGCGGCGGCUGCGCCCCCGGCAAGUGGGUCAGCGCCGCUGGCUUCUGCAUGGAGUGCCCGGCCGGCAGGUGGAGCGACCAGGUCAACGCCAGGUCGGACCUGAAUUGCGUGGCGUGCGAAGCCGGCAGGUACAGUAACACCACGGGCGCCUCCGCCGCCGCCGCGUGCCUCGAGUGCCCGCCCAGCGAGUGGGCGCACAACCGCACCGGCGCGGCCUCGCCGUCCGCCUGCACGGGGUGCAGCCCCGGCAAGUGGACCAACCACUCGGACGGCGGCUGCGCUGAUUGUUCUCCCGGGAGGUGGAGCGACCAAGUAAACGCCAGGUCGGAGCUGAACUGCGUAGCGUGUGACGCUGGCAGGUAUAGCAACACAUCUGGCGCGUCUUCGGAGUCGGCAUGCUUGAAAUGCCCAUCCGCUGCGGAGAAUCACAUGGCGGGCAUCGCGUCCGAGGCGGCCUGCUUCUCCACGGCCACCGCCUCCACCACGGCCUCUGCCGCGUGGCAAGCGCCGUGGGCCCCGGCGCCGUCGGGACGACGCGGCGCCGCGAGGAGCAAGUCACCAUGUGGGUGCUCAACCUCAACAUCUCUAGUGCGGCGAGCAAGCAGGUAG